UCUGCAGUGUUACAUUGUAUCUAUCAUACUAUAUCAAAAUGGCCACAGUGGUACAGAACCCCCUGAAAUCUCUGGGCGAGGAGUUCUACAGAGAGGCCAUCGAGCACUGCCGCAGCUACAAUGCCCGCCUGUGUGCUGAGCGCUCCAUGCGCCUGCCCUUCCUGGACUCCCAGACCGGCGUGGCACAGAGCAACUGCUACAUCUGGAUGGAGAAGAACCACCGCGGCCCAGGUUUGGCCCCAGGACAGCUGUAUACUUACCCUGCGCGCUGCUGGCGCAAGAAGAGACGGCUAAACAUUCUGGAGGACCCGCGCCUCGGACCCAUUGAGUUUAAGAUCGACUACGAGGCGUCUCUGAAGAAGGAAGGGGGCUUGCCCGAGGGGCCGGUGUUGGAGUCACUGCUCAGUGGAGAGACUCUGGACAAGAAGGUGGAGACCAAGGAAGAGGAACCUAUGAGCGAGUGCCAGAAGUUGCUGGUCGGUGAUUUCCCCCAUGAACUGGAAGCGGAGGAGAUGGAAGAGGACGUCCCCAAACGCAAGAACCGCAAGAACCGCGAAGGACGGGCCUGUGGUGUAGGGGGUAUGAGGAAGAGACAAGAACCCAGCACCAUUGAGGACAGGGACAAGCCGUACGUCUGUGACAUCUGUGGGAAGCGCUAUAAAAACCGCCCGGGCCUGAGCUACCACUACACUCACACACACCUAGCGGACGAGGAGGGAGAGGAGGACUCUGAGAGACACACCCUGCCCUUCCAGCGCAAGAACAACCACAAGCCUAAGAAAGCUGCAGAUGGGUCGGUCAUCCCUAACGGCUACUGUGACUUCUGCCUGGGCGGCUCCAAGAAGACCGGCUGUCCCGAGGACCUCAUCUCCUGUGCCGACUGUGGACGCUCAGGCCACCCGUCCUGCCUGCAGUUCACAGUCAACAUGACGGCAGCCGUACGGACCUACCGCUGGCAGUGUAUCGAGUGCAAGUCCUGCAGCUUGUGUGGCACCUCUGAGAAUGACGAUCAGUUACUAUUCUGUGAUGACUGUGACAGAGGCUACCAUAUGUAUUGCCUGAGCCCCCCUAUGGCGGAGCCCCCAGAGGGGAGCUGGAGUUGCCAUCUGUGUCUGCGGCAGCUUAAAGAGAAGGCCUCGGCCUACAUCACCCUGACCUAAUCUACCACGCUAAAGCCAACCACCCACCCGCACCCCCCCCCCCCCCAGACAUGGCAAACGGACCUACUACAAUAUGAGAAGACUCCCCCAAGCCCUUGCAGUUUUUCCUCCUCUAUGAAACGACAACAGACGUCCGUCCGUCCAUCUCUCCUGUCGUCAGGUCUCACAGCCCCAGCUGUUUUAACGUCGAUGGAAGCACCUACUUCCCAGGGUGCACCAUGCUCCAUCCAGGUCUCCCCCUGUCUCCCCGUGCUGAGUCCCAGCCACCUGCCGCUGGAGUCCCCUCCACCUCUGGCCCAGGAUGAACCACCCCAGCAGCAUCAGGGAGAGCAUCUGAUCAUCAAUAGUCUAACUGGCCCUUCACCUUCUGUCUCCAAAGAGCCGUUUAUCAACAGCCCACAAGGGCACUUUCUCUCCUGUGAAGGGUCCUUAGAGGAGCCCUAAUGAGCAUCAGCUGCCACUGUGGCCCUAUACUCCCAUAGCUCGGCUGUGGCCCUGGCAGUGGAGUACACACGGAGAGAGAGAGGCAGGCCGUAGUGACGCCUAGACUCCUCGUUAGGUUUAAAGCAGCUGCAGCCCCGCCCCCUUCCUCCCACAUGGCGCCUCCACUCAAAGCCUUUGACGGUGAAGUACUCUGGGAUUGAUACCAUCGCCCGGAGCUAUUGUGGCUUGAUGACAUUUGCAGAGGAGAGGGAGUGGAGAGGUUGUCACUCUGCCAUCAGCCACUUAGAUCAAAUUGUGUGUCCAAAAAAAGAAUGAAUUAGAGCAAAUGUUUUCUCCAACUAUGAACUUCUUGUUACCUUCAUUUCCUUAAAAAAAAACUGAAAAAGCCAAUAUGAGACUGCUAUGACUUUGGUGGAGCUUGGUGUAUUUUGGCUGUGUGUGUAGCAAGAAUGUAGGUAUGUUUUAAGUGUGGACAAUGCAGAUUUUAAUGUCUGGCCUUGUCAAAAAUACAGGGCCCAAAUUUCUUCUUUUUUUAAAACUUUAUUUGCAUGGUGUUAACAUUAUAGUUUUUAAAGAUAUUUUAAGGAUAAAAUGUAUUUAAGAAAGCACACUUAAUUCGCAAUAAUGUGUUUGUUGACCCAUUUGGGUAAAGUUGAGUGUGUAUGUGUGUGUGUCCAUCUGUAUGUGUGUGUGUGUGUGUGUGUGUGUGUGUGUGUGUGUGUGUGUGUGUGUGUGUGUGUGUGUGUGUGUGUGUGUGUG